GUGGGCGGAGUCUCUUCAUUCUUCUGCACCAGACCCAAUCUAAGUUGGGGUCUAUAGCAAGAGUCACUCCAAGAGUGCCCCACAGGCUGCCUCUUAUUACCGGUAGUAGUGGAAUCUACCUGAUAUACCCUACUGUGACCUGAGGUAUAUAAGACUCGGGAUCAGACUCAGACAGGCAAAGGACAGCGCUUUGGAUUUGUGAUACCUGUGAGGUUGUCUUCCCCGAAAACCCUCGUGAACUUUCAUCAGCCAUGGAUCAACAGAAGGUCCGCACGCCAGUCGUGCCAGAGAAGCUGGAGUUGACUGGCGUGGAAGAUGAGACAGGCCAGCCCAUCAGCGCCCUCACCAUUCUGUCGCUGCUGGAGCGGGUCGCGGGCAUCAUCGACAACGUGCAGGCGGGCCAGCAGCGCAUGGAGGAGCGGCAGCUGGAGCUGGAGAACAACAUCAAGAACAUCCAGGGUGAUGUGCUCAAGCUAGCGAAGGACCACACCACCACCAACGGCACGGUGGAGAAGCUCCUGCAGAAGACCCGUAAGGUCAGCGCCAACGUCAAGGACGUGCGCACACGUGUGGAGAAGCAGAAUGUGCGAGUCAAGAAGGUGGAGACCACCCAGAAUGAGCUUCUGACCAGGAAUAAGUUCCGCGUCGUCAUCUAUCAGGGAGAAACCACGGUCCCUUCCGUUGCUGUCACCAAGUCACCCAAAGGGGAGGGCUUGGCAGGGAUGGCAGUGGAGCCGGACACCUACGAUGCCCCAGCUGACCUCUCCUCGGAUGAGGAGUACAUGGUGGUGGAGGAGGCCGAGUCCCGGGCAGCCCGCUUGAAGAAGUCGGGCCGGAAGGGCAUCGAGAACAUCAAGGCGACCUUCUCCCGCGAGAACAUGACCAAGACCAGAGACAACUUGAACACCAAGUUCAGUCACCUGGGUGAGCGCAUCGUGCCAGCCGAACGCCGCGAGAAGAUGCACCAGGCCAGCGCCCGCAUCAAGGAGAAUAUCGCCAAAAAGGCGCCCACCAAGGAGACCUUCAGGAUCAAGCUGAAGAAAGAGAGGACUGUGGCUGAGGGUCAGGAGGGCGCCGAGGGGGACAGUGAGGCGGGGGAGCCGGAAAAGGGCCGUAAAUCCAGCCCCGACGUCACCUACACCGAGGUGGGGACAGAGGCGAGGCGGGAAGGCCCGGUGUCAGAGGUGGCCGCGACCCGGGUCGGGGAGGAGAAGAAGAUUCAGUUCACCAUGGAGAAAGUAGAGGAAGACAAGCCCGAGGUGGGAAUCGGGUACAACGUGAAGUAAAGCCCAGGAGCGGCUGGGAAGUGGGAUAGUGAUGUGGAACCAGGAACCGGGAAUACAGGAGUAGCAAGGUUCAGAAUGGGGCAUAUCAGCCAGCGAGAUUUCCUUUAUUAAUGCAUAUUCAUGAUUCAAUGGACUCCUCAUUAAGGUUUUUUUUUCUGGUUUGGUAAUAUUAUUAUUGUUUUCCUUUUGGGGAAUAUGGAGAUGAAUCCUUUGGUGGUUUUGGAGGCUCAUCUUCACAGCUACAGUGGAAGAACUAGCCAGUUAGCGAAUGACAAAGAUAAUUCUGUAGGUUUAUGAAGACAGCCCAUUUCUCGUGUAAUAUCACUUUUGUUUGGGAAAAGAGGGGUGAUCAAAGUUCUUUCCUGAAGUAAUAAUCAAGUUGGGUUCGGAGAGUUGAUAGUUAUUUGAGAAACAGGUCAACUUUGUGGAAAUAAGUGCACAAAGUAUUUUUUUUUUUUUUUAAGUUAUUUUUUUACGUAAGCCUGAGGUGGAGUUGCUGAUGUGACGCAUUAGCAUGCGUUCUGUCUUCAAGUAAUGGCAGGUGUGAAAUUGUGUUUUCACCUUGUGCAGUAUGUUGUUUUUCAGUGAAAUGCUGGUAAAACAAAGGAGUGCGCGACAGCACUUUGUUCUGAGCAGGUUGACUGAUGGACAGGCUUGGGUAAACCUAGAAAGUUAAUCGUAUUGCGGACAGUGGUCAUUAUUACGAAUUUGGCUAAUAUGAACGGAGGAGGUAUAUGGACUUACUCAGCUGGUCUCUGAGGAGUACGCUGAAAUUUAACAUAAACAUUAAGAUGAUUCUGCUCAUGGAGAAGCAGGAUAUGCUCUGUGCCCAACUUCGUCCUGUAAGCUUUGAAAAGUCUUCUGAAGAAUUAAGACAUGUUAAUUGUAUUGUACUGUAGUUAUAUAAUAGCUGCCAAGUUAUUCCCAGAAAAUCUAUGAUGGUUAGAUUAGCAUUAGACAGAAUGAGAUUGUGCAUGAUUUUAUCGCUUUCUUUGUUUCAUUUUUCUAAACAAAUGUAAAUUUUGUCAAUUGAUCCAUCUUCCAACUACAUAUCCUGGACAGGGUUGGAAAAAUAUGUAUUGAAAUGUCCCCCAAAAUUAAACUCACCUACCAGCAUUAGUAUGUGGCAUGUUUAAAGGUAUAUAUAUAUAGAUAUAUAUCUUUGGGCUGUUUUACAUUUGUUUUGUUCAUUGAAAAGCAUUAACGUGGAGUUAAAUUGUAAAGGGGUUUUGCGACUGCUCUCACUCGUGUUGUGUUAUGACAUUGACACUGAAAUACUAGCAAAUAAAAUCACUAAACGACAGAA